GCUGUGCAGUGAAGCUUCACCUGCCUCUCUCUCUCCUCGCCAACUCUUUCCAACCAUUCUUCUCAUUUUUGUCCAUUAUUACACAUUACUUUAUUCAAGUUGUCCCCAAUGAUUCUAUUAUUCUUCACUUCUUUUAUAUUUUCAGGAAUUGGACUUAUUCACCUAAUGCUUUUUACUCAUGAAAUUUCCACAACCAAGCUAUAAAGAAAUAUGAUAUAUCCAGUUUGUUUCAAUAAUUGAACCAAUUAUAGAGUCUUUAUUAUCUCUAUAUAAAAUCAUCAACUAAUAAGUGACUAAGACAAGUCACAAGUCUACGUGAUCACCCACUUUAGCACUUAAACCAUCAUUUUCCCGGAAUAUCUAAGCCAGAAGGUUACAAGAGAGUUAGAAAAUGACUUCGUUUGUUCCCGAGAACGUUGCGGCUGAGAAAGUUGACGCCAUGAAAAGGUUCGAGAGAAAGAGAAAUUUCUUGAAGUUUCUUCCGGCCAUUGAAGCUCUCGUUGCCGUGUUACUUCUACUCUACUGGUUAACGUCAACUCUCCUCGCCGGUGAGUAUCUCCGUCGUAUUAUUUCUGGUGGUUUGACAGGCGCCGGAAUAUACAUAUUCGGAGUCGUGAACGUUCUCAUCGCCCUUAUCUUCUCCUUGUCUAACCAACAGAAGCUAACCCAACCCGAUAUGUAUUUUCAAUACGCUUCCUCCUCUGCCGUCUCUCCUAUUAGCGGUCUCUCCUCCUCCUCCUCCGCCACCUCUCCCGUUGACGGUUCUUGCUCCUCCGCUGUGGUCUCGGAUUCUAUCAACGAAGAAAUAGUUUUAGAAGAAAAGCCAGUGACGGACUUUACCUCUGCCACUCUACCCGCCGUAGAGGCCCGACUGAUGAGGCGAGAGAUGGUCCGGGCGGUCAGUUCUGUGGCGGAGACAGCUCAUUCUAUAAGGAGGAAGCGUGAAAUGAUGGUUCUGCCCCCAGCUACUUCUGAGAGUACUGCUAAUGAUCAUCAUGUUUACAGAAGGUCUAGAUCAGAGAGACUUGACGUGCGGGGAGCUUCUUGCAGGAGCACGAGACGGAUGCGCGAUAUCGAUGAUCUAAGCAGCGAUGAGUUUAGAUCAACAGUGGAGACGUUUAUCGCAGGGAAGAAAAAGAUGUUGUCGAAAGAAUGGAUAAGGCCGUAAAAUAUUAUUAUUAGGAACACUACUGUUAGCCUUUAACGUUCACAAUUUGGAUAUAUAUAUAUAUUUCUUGGGAUCAUUAGUGACAGUCAUAUCUAUGUGAGUACGUGAGUCAUAUCAUUAUUCCGACGAAAUUACUAGAAAUGAAAACUUUCGUGUACGUCCCCUUAAUCUUAAACACUUCCUUAAUCAUAACGUGAGAUACUCCUUAGACACAUCAUUAGUGGAGCAACCCACCAUACUCUCAUAUUAUUUAAUUAUAUAAAUAAUUAUAAAUUAAGUAAAGUAAUCCUAAAAGAACUUAAGCAAAAUCACCCUAUUACUAGAGA